ACUUAAAAAAAGGCGAAGAAGGAGAAGGAAUGUCGAUCUGGUUCUGAUUCGUUCAGAAAUAAAAGAGCGUCUUCUCCAAUUGAUAAAGAGUGAUUUUAACUGUGGGAGUGAGAGACUGUGUGAGAAGAAAGUGAUGGGUGGAGUGACUUCAUCCAUGGCAGCCAAGUUUGCGUUCUUCCCACCCAACCCUCCUUCUUACAAGAUGAUUACUGACGAAGUCACUGGUCUCUUACUCCUCAGUCCUUUCCCUCACCGUGAGAACGUCGAUGUCCUCAAAUUGCCCACUCGUCGCGGCACAGAGAUUGUAGCCAUCUACAUCCGGCACCCCAUGGCAACCUCAACUGUUCUCUACUCGCAUGGUAAUGCCGCUGAUCUGGGUCAGAUGUACGAGCUCUUUAUCGAAUUGAGCAUCCACUUACGCGUCAAUCUUCUGGGGUAUGACUAUUCUGGCUAUGGACAGUCUUCUGGAAAGCCAAGUGAGCAGAACACUUACGCAGAUAUUGAAGCAGCCUAUAGGUGUAUUGAAAAUAAUUAUGGGGCUAAGCAGGAGGACAUCAUCCUUUAUGGUCAAUCUGUUGGAAGUGGCCCCACAUUGGAUCUAGCGGCUCGCUUGCCCCAAUUACGAGCUGUUAUUCUGCAUAGUCCUAUACUAUCGGGUUUAAGGGUCAUGUAUCCUGUGAAACGCACAUAUUGGUUUGACAUCUAUAAGGGUACCUCUGAUGAAGUUGUUGACUGUUCUCAUGGUAAACAGCUUUGGGAGCUAUGUAAGGAGAAGUAUGAACCAUUAUGGCUUAAAGGUGGAAAUCAUUGUGACCUGGAGCUUUAUCCAGAGUAUAUUAGACACCUCAAGAAAUUCAUAUCCACGGUUGAGAAUUCUCCUUCUGAACGGAUUAGUUCAAGGAGAAGCACCGACAGGUUUGAACAGUCACGGCGAAGCACUGAUUGUUUUGAGGCUUCAAGGAAGAGCACUGACCGGAGAGAAAAACCAAGGAAGAGCACUGAUAGAGCUGAAAAAUUGAAAAGCCAUGAGUACAAAUCUAAUAAUAUUGACAGGCUAGAAAAGUUUAGAAUCUCUUUUGACCAAACGGAGAGGUCAAGGAGAAGUGUAGACUGCCUUGAGAAGUCUCGAAAGAGUGUUGACCUACAACUGGAGAGAGCACGAAAGAGUGUUGAUCGAUUGGAUAGAAUACGAACUGGGUAAAUUUUCUUACACAAUGUAAAGUUCAUGCAUGAGUUAUUGUGGAAAAAUCAUUGGGGCAUUUUUAUUUAUAGGUUUCCGGCUGUGUCGUUUGCUUGUGGAAGUUCCAUAUUGACUAGCAUGAAAUGAGAAGUGAUUGUUGUUAUGU